AUGUCUUGGAAGGCAUCUUUGCCUGCCAGACAAUAUGUUGUUUCCGGUUGCAGAGCUUCUGGUUCCCGCCAGUUAAACUCACACGGUCGAGCUUCCCUCCGACAAAUCAGGUACCGCGCGUCGGUGCGCGGAUACUCCACGGAACCUUCCCAAGCUCCAGCAAAGAGAAGUGUCCAAUUGGGAGUUGCUGCAGCAGUUGCCAUCUCGAUCGGCCUGGGUCUCGUAGUCUAUCGACGGCCCGCAAAGCCUGUCCACCUCGACUCCAAGAAGGAAUACCCGGCACACCUCCGGAACAUCGUGGAUGCUGCGGAACCUGUUGGAAAGUCCCUAAAUCUAUCUGACCUUCCUGUCGAGAAAGCGCAACUCACCAGCGCCCCCAAUGUGCCCCCGCCCAUUACUCGAGACCACCCCGUCCUCCUCAAGGUGCCCUUGACAACCACUACGAAGAUAAAGCAACUCACCAGCACCUACAAGUAUGAGCAGUGGACUUUUAACAACCAAGUGCCGGCGCCGUUUAUCCGGGCGCGCGUUGGGGACGUCAUUGAGCUGUCCCUGACAAACAAGGAUGUGACAGGCAACCCUCACAAUAUCGACUGUCAUGCAUUUACGGGUCCUGGCGGGGGAGCCUCGCUGACAACUGCCGAAGAGAAUCAAAACAAGACCGGUAGAUUCAAGCUUCUAUACCCUGGGCUAUUUAUCUACCACUGUGCGGCAGCCCCAGUGCCCGUUCACAUCGCCAACGGGAUGUACGGUCUCAUUUACGUACAGCCAGAAGAAGACCCCCUCCCCAAGGUUGACAAGGAAUACUACGUGAUGCAGAGCGAGUUCUACCACGAACCGCCCGAGAUUGAGGAGAAUGGCAAGCGCUCCUCUCUUGUCGAAUUUUCAUACCCCAACGCCCUCCGCGAAGACCCGGAUGUGGUUGUCUUCAACGGCAGCGAGACUGCUCUCACCAUGGACCAUCCCCUCAAAGCCACCGCGGGCGAAACCAUCCGUGUUUUCUUUGGCAACGCUGGACCGAACUUGACCAGCUCGCCACAUAUCAUCGGGAGCACCUUCCAUAACCUCUACCGCGACGGUGACAUCCUCAGCCCUCCAGCCCGCAAUGUGCAGACGACCACAGUGCCUCCCGGCGGUGCGACAAUUUUUGACAUGAAAGCGGUUGUACCAGGGACGUACACACUGGUGGACCAUGCCAUCUUCCGACUCGAUAAAGGCGCUGUCGGAUUCAUAAAUGUGACGGGCAAUCCGAGGCCGGACGUAUACCAGAGCAACGAGCAUGCGGAGCCGUGCGUUGGGUGUAAACUGCAUCCAUGA